UAUUUUAUCAUUAUUUAUUGCACAUCUUAAAUGAAGAAAUUUAAACAAUAUUUUGAUGAAGAAAUGAAGAGGUUAGCUUUGCCUACAGGAUGAAUUCAUUAUUAAAAAGUGUUUUUCGCAAACUACCCAAUCUGAAUAAAUUUAAUUAUAGUAGAGUUAUUUCUCGGUCUUGUUUCCAACAAGAUAGAGAACGAAACGAUGGGAACCGACAAAAUCAUUAUUGGAAAACAUCCAUAAUGUUUGGUAGUGCUUUAUCUGGAGUAUUCGUAUACUAUUUUUAUAUUAAAGACAGGCACAAGCUUAUUUGUAGUUCUUUACUGGACUUGAGUGAAAAUGGCAAUGUUAUUGGGCCCGGGAUAUUUCGAAAUGAUUUACCUACUUACACCUUAGCAGAAGUUAAUAACCAUUCUACAAAAGAUACUAAAAUAUGGGUAACUUACAAGGAAGGAGUAUACGACAUCACCGAUUUCAUUGAAGGCCAUCCAGGUGGUGAACAAAUUCUUAUGGCUGCUGGAAGCAGUGUAGAACCUUUUUGGUUGAUAUAUGGAAUACAUGAAAAUCCACAUGUAUAUGAAAUUUUAGAGACUCUCCGGAUCGGAAAUUUAAAUAGGGAUGAUCAAAAGGAGUUAUCAAUUGAAAAUAUGAAUGAUCCUUACGCCAAGGAACCCAGACGUCAUACAGCUUUAAAACCUGCCAGUGUAAAACCUUUUAAUGCUGAAUUAUCCCCACAGUUACUGUGUGAGAACUUCCUUACACCAAAUGAGUUGUUCUAUGUGAGAAAUCAUUUACCAGUUCCAGAAAUAGAUGUGGAUACAUAUGAAUUGGAAAUAGAAGUUGAGGAUAAAUCUAAAAUACUGACUUUUACCUUGGACGAGUUAAAGAAAUUUCCUAAGCACACUAUCACAGCUACUAUUAUGUGUGCUGGUAACAGAAGAAGUGAAAUGACAAAAGUAAAGCCAGUUAAAGGUCUAAGUUGGGGCCCAGGAGCAAUCGGAACCGCACAGUGGACUGGAGUGAGAUUAAGAGAUGUUUUGAAACUGGCAGGGGUAACAGAUGACGAAGAAAGAUUAAAACAUGUUCAGUUUGAAGGUAUAGAUUUUGAUGCGACAUCCAAACAGUAUGGUGCGUCAAUUCCUUUGUGGAAAGCAGUGGAUAAAAGGGGAGAUGUAAUAUUAGCUUAUGAAAUGAAUGGGGUUCCCAUUCCGCGUGAUCACGGUUAUCCAGUACGAGUUAUAGUACCCGGGAUAGUGGGAGCAAGAAAUGUUAAAUGGCUAGGUAAAAUAUACGUAUCAGAGUCGGAAAGUUCUUCGCAUUGGCAACAAAACGACUACAAAGGUUUCUCGCCUUGCGUCGAUUGGGAUACUGUCGAUUUUACAAAGUCACCAGCAAUUCAAGAACUGCCAGUCAUCUCAGCCAUAUGCAGACCCUUAGAAGGCGAUAAAAUCCAUGUUGAAGAUGGUUUUAUAAACGUCAAAGGUUAUGCGUGGUCAGGUGGAGGACAGAAAAUCGUCAGAGUGGACGUGACCAUCGACGGCGGUAAAACAUGGCAAGUUGCCAAUUUUGACGCUCAAGAUUCGGCACCACCGCCACGACACUGGGCAUGGACAUUGUGGUCAAUUAAAAUUCCAGUAAACAACGAAUUAAAUGAAGUGGAAAUUUGGGCAAAAGCUACAGAUUCGAGUUACAAUACGCAACCUGAAAAUUUUGAAAAUAUAUGGAACUUACGCGGAGUACUUAGCAACGCCUAUCACAAAGUGAAAGUCAAACUAAUUCAUUAAAUUAUUGCCAUAGACAAAAGAAAUAAAUUUAGAUUGGAAUGCUCGGCUUCCCGCCAAAAUUUACAAUUAUUGUUUUGGAUCGCGUACGUUAUAGGGCGCUGCUAUAGUGGUUGCUAUGAGCUUUUUACGGCUAUUAAGCUACAGUUCAUACCAAUUAAACAUUUAGUCAGGUGAUUAAGCUUGACCGGCACAGCGUUGCCCACUUUUAUAUAUUUUCUUUUAAUCAAAAUAUUUUA